GAUCCGAAUAGUGAACUUUGUCGCCCACUUAAUUGCAAAAAGAAAGAACUUUGCCUCUUGGAAGACAUGUUUACUGCUGUCUGCGUCUCGAAAAAAGAACUUCACAAAUCAGGGGACAUAGUGAUUCCAAAAUCUCGUGCAAUUCAACGAAUAAAGACCGAAGUUUCAGUCGAUUCCGACGAUGAUGAUGCCUUUUUUGAUUCUGAAGACGACGACGAUGAUCAAGACGAAUCAAAAUGUCAAGAAUGUCCCGUGAUAAAACCUACGUUUCUGUGUGGAAACGAUAAUCGUACAUAUAGUUCACCAUGUCGUCUCGAAUAUCAUAAUUGCAUUCACCAUACGUCCGUCCACAUUGCCUGCAAAGGUUUUUGUCCAUGUAAAGUUGCUGAUCUACGUUUGUACUCGAAAAAGAUGCAAAUACAGAGGAAGAAGACACUCAUGGGUAAGAUGGGACACAACCAUGACAUUACUUUCACGCCUCACGACUUCAAUUACGACAAUCAUCAUUACCAGUAUCUCAAGUAUACUAAACGCGGCAAAGAUCUCGCCAUCGCGAACAGAUAUGACGACAAGCAUCUAAACAACAAAGUCACGGAUAAACCCAAAUCAUUAUUUAAAGGAAUAUACAAUAUGCAGUUACCAUCCAAAAAUACCGAUUGCCCAUCAUCAUCUAAACCUGCAAUGGCUAAUCGUCUUUUGGAUUGGUUCUCUGUCGUAAUGAUGGAUUCCAAGCAUCGCCGUCAACAUUCUAAACCUAAAGGUCACUUCCCAAUCGGUUGUCAGAGCGAGGUUAGAUGGAUGUUCGGACAUUUGGACAGUGACAACGAUAGUCGUCUUUCACUCUCCGAGUUGUAUGGUCUAGAACAUGACCAGAAUGAACCAUGUUUGAAACCAUUUCUGGAUAGUUGCGAUACAGACAGUGAUAUUUUCGUAAGUGGAUCCGAGUGGUGUGGAUGUUUCUAUAAAGCCGAACGUCCAUGUGCUGCUGUGCGUAGACGAUCAUCGCCAGAUUCUGCACCAUCCUGCGAUUCGCGAGGAUAUUACCGUAGUACUCAAUGUCAUCGUGGCCUUGGUCUUUGUUGGUGCGUCGAUCCGCAUGGAGUUGAGUUUGCUGGUACUAGAACACGUGGUACAAGACCGGAUUGCGACACGAUUGUAGACAAGAUAAGCAGCGGUGGACUCAAGACCAACAAUGUAGAUCUCGAUGAUGAUGAAGAUGGUGAUAUUGAUUCUGCUCAGGAUCUUGAAGGUUCGGCUGAUCAACCUUUAGAUUUUUAGAUUUCCUAAUACAUUUCCCAGGGAGCGACAACAAGUAAUAGAAGUAUAGCAUCUUAACCGAUAAAAGCAAAAAUCAAUCAUACUAAUUAAAGAAAAGAUACGCGCAUUCAGUCCAUGUCGUCCAUUAUCCUCAUGAAUAGCCAUUGUAAUCGGAAUGUUCUCCAUAUCAUCAUCGGCCGUCUGUCAAUCCUAUGGAAAUUCAUGCGUGAUAAAUGAAACGUGAGCCUAAGUGAAUUCUGAGAACAACGAAAAACACGACGAUCAUUAAUUAUGAGAAAGACGGAUUUGAAGUAAGUCGCAUUGAACAGACAGCGAUCAUUAUUGAAUUGUAAUGAUUUCAAUUCUACUUCAUUCUAGUUAGAAAAUCUCAACGUCAUUCACGUUAAUGUAGCAAAUGUCUUACCUGUCGCAAUAAUAAAUAAUCGCGCAUUUUGUAAACGACAUUUGAAAAAUACGAGUGUACGCAAGUCAUAGACUUUAUAUACAUGGAGAGAGAGAGAGAGAGAGAAGGAAGAAAGAAACAAGAAAAGAAAAGAAAGGAGAAAAUAAGAGAAGAACGAAGAAUAAGGGUUAGAUUAGAUUAAAUUAAGUUAAGAUUAGGAAAAGAGAGGGUAUUUCUUAUCUUUUCUUUUACCAACGAAAGCUUAUGCUAGAAAUAUCCUAUUAAAAUUGGCCGACAAUUUCACAUAUAUCGUAUUGUCAGUGUUUAUUGCUGUACAGUGCGUGUCAACGAUUCUAUCCUAGGCAAGGCAAGGGGAGUGUAGAAGUAGCCAACUAGUCGACAGCGUGGCAGUGGCUGAUUGGCCAGUUCUACGCUCCUCUUGCCCCGCGUAGGACAGGAUCGUUGACGCGUACUGUACAAUCACGCAUUGCGCCCACGUUUGCAGAAUAAUCUUAUUUCAAUGAUAAGAUAUUAAUUUUUACUCAAGUCGGUUACACAAUACAAGUAUACACAAUAGUGAAUUUUCACUAAACUAUCCACACUUUUGAUGUUGUCCCAAAUCACAUCAUUUUCAUUUUGAAAAUAAUACAAAGCUUAAAUUUGUUUUCAAUAAAUUGUAAAAUUAGUUUACUAUAAUGAGAGUUAUAUUAUAAUGCGAUAGAUGCAGCUAUAUAUUUUUAGUCAGAUGCAUGUUAGAAACUUAGUCUGAAAACAUUAAAAUGUCACUGCUGUGUACAGAUUUUUAUGUUAGAUUAAAGGCUAUUGCGCACAGGACGAGACAACGCGUUCCGCGCGACGAAAACUGACGCGAUAGCCAAUACAAAAGUUGAAUUGAGUUCAAUUUUGACGCGCGGAUGUUAUGUAUCUGCUGAUUGGCUAUCGCGUCAGCUUCUGUCGCGCGGAAUGCGUUGCCACGUUCUGUGUGCAGUAGCCCUAAAUAAUGCUAAAAGUGAUGCAACUAUUUUAAAGUGAACAGAAUAUAUAGCUAUAUUAAACUAUAUAUAUUAAUGUUAUACCUACUUAUAAACUUAUCAUCAGAUAGCACAAAACAUCCUCAGAAUCAUUCUAAAUAUGUCCAGAAUAAUUCAAGACAUUUGUGUAGAACAUUUUAAGAUAUCAUUAUAAAUAUAUUUUAUAA